AUGACUGCCAAUCAAGAUGAUAUAAUUCACAUAUCGAUUGAAACUGAAUCGACAGCACUUGUUAUACGAAUCAAUCAAAAUCGUGAUCCAUUAUUAAUCUAUAUUGGAAAACGACUUUGUAAUAAUGAAGAAUAUGCAUAUAUUCCAAGUUUUGAUGCUAAACAAUUGAAUGGUGAUUAUACCGGUUUAUAUAGUUCCGUUUAUACACCGAGUGGCACACGUAAUUUACUCGAACCUGCUAUACAAGUUAUUCAUGCUGAUGGAAAUCCAUCUUUAGAAUUAAAAUAUGUAUCACAUCAACAAGAUAAAAAUAAUCAAUCGAACGAAAUAAUAUUAACAACAAUUUAUUUAAAAGAUUCUGUUUAUCCAUUUGAAGUUAUUCUUUACUAUAAAGCUUUUUAUAAUGAAAAUAUUAUUGAACAAUGGACAAGUAUUAAACAUUCAGAAGAUGAUAUUGUACGUUUACAAAAAUAUAGUUCAGCUAAUUUAUAUUUUAGUUCAUUUCAUAAAUAUUAUCUUACACAUUUUCAUGGUGAUUGGGCACGAGAAAUGAUUCCAGAAGAAAUUCAACUUACGUCAGGUAUUAAAAUAUUAGAUACAAAAUUAGGAACACGAGCAGAUCUAUUUCAAUCACCAUCAUUUCUUUUAUCAUUAAAUCAACCAUUGAAUCAUGAUAAUGAAGAUAUUGGUGAAAUAUUUGCUGGUACACUUGCAUGGACAGGUAAUUAUCAAAUACAAUUUGAAAUUGAUCCACUUCAAAAUUUACGUCUUAUUACUGGUAUUAAUCCAUAUGCAUCCGAAUAUUUUUUAAUUCCAAAUAAAGAAUUUAUUACACCUAGUUUUCUUUUCCAAUAUUCUUAUCAAGGAUUAAAUGUACUAAGUCGAAAUUGGCAUCGAUGGGCAAGAAAAUAUCGUAUAAUAGACGGUGAAGGUGACCGAUUAACAUUAUUGAAUAAUUGGGAAGCAACUUAUUUUAAUUUUGAUGAACAAAUAUUAACAACAUUAAUUCAAGAUGGAAAAAAAUUAGGUGUUGAUUUAUUUCUUCUUGAUGAUGGUUGGUUUGGUAAUAAAUAUCCUAGAGAUAAUGAUAGUGCUGGUUUAGGUGAUUGGCAAGAAAAUAUUCAAAAAUUACCACAUGGUAUUGGUUAUUUAAUUAAUCAAGCAGAAACUAUUGGGAUGAAAUUUGGUAUUUGGAUUGAACCAGAAAUGAUCAAUCCAAAAAGUGAACUUUAUGAAAAUCAUCCUGAUUGGGUUAUUAAAUUACCAAAUCGAUCAGCAUAUUAUUAUCGUAAUCAACUUGUACUUGAUAUGUCAAAUAAAGAUGUUCAAGAAUUUGUUUAUAAUAUUGUGGAUCAAUUAUUUACUGAACAUCCAACAUUAGCUUAUAUUAAAUGGGAUUGUAAUUCACCUAUUUAUAAUGCAUAUUCAACAACAAAUUCACAUCAAUCUCAUCUAUAUGUUGAUUAUGUUCAUGGUUUAUACGAUGUUCUAGAUCGAUUACGACAAAAAUAUCCUUCAGUACCAAUUAUGUUAUGUUCAGGUGGUGGUGGACGAAUUGAUUAUGGUAUGUUAAAAUAUUUUACUGAAUUUUGGCCAAGUGAUAAUACUGAUGGUGUUGAACGAGUGUUUAUACAAUGGAAUUAUUCAUAUUUUUUUCCAGCAAUUACAUCUUGUAAUCAUAUAACUGAUUGGGGUAAACAAUCAUUAAAAUUUCGAACAGAUGUAAGUAUGAUGGGAAAAUUAGGAUAUGAUAUUGUUGUAAGCAAAUUUAAUGAAAAUGAACUGAAAUUUAGUCAAGAUGUACUUCUGACUUAUAAUCGUUUAAAAGAUAUUAUAUGGCAUGGUGAACAAUAUCGAUUAGUUUCUCCAUAUCGUCUAAAGCGUGAUAUAGCAUCUUUAAUGUAUGUCAAUGAAAAUCAAGAUAAAGCUAUUUGGUUUACUUAUUUAGUUGGUCAUCGAUACUUAGCUGGUAGUAAUGGUGCUAUUCGAUUAAAAGGACUUAAUUCAACAAAGAUAUAUACUAUUCAAGAAAUUAAUAUUUAUCCAGAUACUGAUCCAUCGACAAUUAUUUCUGAACAAUCAUUAUCUGGUGAUUAUCUAAUGACAUAUGGAUUUGAUCCAAUAGUAAAUAUACAACGACCAAGUGUUGUUCUCGAAUUAGCAGAAUAUAUUAAAUAA